AUGGACAGAGCUACUCCCGAUGGCUCGGAUAGUGGCUCUGGAAAUGUCUUCAUCGGACAGGACACCUUCUCGCAGAAGUAUCCUACCAUCCGCUGUAUUCCUCCGUGCAACUUCAUCUUUCCUCCCAUAACCCUGUCCUCCGCCACGACGAUCUCUUUUGAGCUGUAUAAAACCUCACUAGAGGUCGUAUGGGUCACAACAACGGCGACUACUCUCGAAGAAGGCGUCGUAUCCACCUCGAUAGGAUACUCUUGUACAAUUCAAACCACUACGUUGACCGUGCCGCCGGUGACUACCACGGCGAUCGACGCCUGGAACUGGAAUAUUACCAGCACUCGGCCCCAAAAUCCCGUUUACAGACUAGGUAUCAAGCAGCAUCCUGCCUCCACCGUUCCGCAUUACAAAUGA